CCUCUCUGCUCUGGGAGGGGGACAUAUUUGACGUGGCAAGAAGUCCGGACGUGACACGGCUGCUCAUCCCUCCUCCUCCUCCUCCUCCUCUUCCUCAGCUCAGCGGUAUUCAAACCUCCGCAGGUAGCCACCGGUCAGACAGAGGAACCCGCCGCCGCUCACAGCGUCCCUGUCCCGGGAGAAGAAUGUGGCUGAUCGUGUUGGCCUCCCUCCUCCACUGUGCCUCGGCCUACGACGUGGAUCUGCAGAAGCUGGACGGGCUGGCCAAAGCCCGGGUGGAGACAUGUGGUGGAUGACAGCUGAAUAGACUCAGAGAGGUCAAAGCCUUUGUGGUCCAGGAUAUACCUCUUUAUCAUAACCUGGUCAUGAAGCACAUUCCUGGGGCUGAUCCUGAGCUUGUCCUCCUGAACCACUACUAUGAAGAACUAGAUCGGAUAGCUCUGUCUGACAUGACUCGCUCUGAGAUCAACGAGCUGCUGCAGAAACUGGGUUUCUACAAGAAAGCUCAACCAGAGGACGAGGUGCCGGACGACUUCCGCUUCGCUCCCGCCAAGGACAGCCCGUUUAAAGACGAGCGCCCCAACAAAUCGGCGUCCGCUUUGGACACAGAGAACGCCUCUUCUGAGUCUGAUCCAGAGGUCAAGCACACUGACCUAUAACAGUCAACAAUGGCCAAAAAUAGAAAGGGCUCCCCUGGGGUCCCACAACCAGCUGAUUGUCAUUAUUUAGCUCAUGGGGGAAAAGGGAAACAUCUUACAUUAAUCAGACAGGCUCUUUGUAGUACCAUGCUUUUUUUAGUUUCCAUUUUUUAAAGUGCUACAGCCUAACUUUAAAUGUAGUUUUGUACUGAAACUAUUUUGUGUUCUGAACAUCUCCAUCUUUGUUUGAGCUCUUUCGUGCUUCCUCCUCCCUGCUGCGAAACUGAAUGAGGCCUCAGGCGAAAAGUCGAGCGACUGGCCUGAGGCUGAUGCCACUUGUUCUGGUGGGCUGGAUGGAUGCACACAAAGAACCUCAAGUUGAAACGUUUUAAAAAGAUAAAUAAAAUAAAAACAUGUUCAAAUGUUUUGUAA